GACAAUGGGCACAAAUGGAGAAGUGAGAAGUAAAUCCUUAUAAUUUGAUGGUGAUUAGGCUAAAUUUUAUUGUUACAAAUUCAAAUUUUAGUAUUAAUAAAUUUCUGGAUCAUCAAUUUGAUUCUAAUAAUUCUCAUCAAUAAUGAGUGAUUCGAUCAAGAGAGAGAAACAAGGAGAUGGAUUUGCAGAACUUCAAUUGACAACAAAUAACAUCAAACAUGAGCCAACCUUAGAGGAAGCGCCAACUACUACUGAGAUCAAGAGAGAGAAACAAGGAGAUGGAUUUGCAGAACUUCAAUUGACAACAAAUAACAUCAAACAGGAGCCAACCUUAGAGGAAGCCCCAACUACUACUGAGAUCAAGAGAGAGAAACAAGGAGAUGGAUUUGCAGAACUUCAAUUGACAACAAAUAACAUCAAACAGGAGCCAACCUUAGAGGAAGCCCCAACUACUACUGAGAUGGCGACAGUUGCAGUAGAUAGUAGCCAAGAACCAGUGCCAGAGUGCAGCACUGUAUUUUCCCCAACCGAUGAUGACUUCAGCCAACAACAUUAUUUGAUCCCUGGCUACAAUCUAAUAUUCAUCAAAGAAGAAGUUCUCCAAGAUGGAGAAGAAAUUUCAGAAGACGUGGACUUUGGCAUAGUGCAGAGUGAAGCAGAUAUGUGGCCUUCUAUCAGCGGCACUGCCAAUGCAAUAGAAGUGACUGGACUGAAUGCACAUUCAAUCUCUCCAGUGGAAAAGUGCACUGAGCCAACUGUGACUGGCAAAGAGACCAAGCUCUACAACUGUGCUGACUGCAGCUAUAAAACUCCAUUGAUUGCUACUUUGGAGAGACACUGGAUUAGAAAACAUUCUGGGGAAAAGCCUUUUAGUUGUGAGAACUGUGACUAUAAAUGUGCUACUUCAGACUAUUUGAGAAAACAUAUCAGAACACAUACAGGUGAAAAACCAUUCAGUUGUGAAUUAUGUGACUUUAAAUCUGCUUCUUCAAGCCAUUUGAAUUAUCAUAUCAGAACACAUUCAGGUGAAAAACCAUUCAGUUGCGAAUUAUGUGACUUUAAAUCUGCUUCUUCAAGCCAUUUGAAUUAUCAUAUCAGAACACAUUCAGGUGAAAAACCAUUUACUUGUAACUUUUGUGACUACAAAUGUACUCAUCCAACAAGUUUGGAAGUUCAUAUCAGAAUGCAUACAGGUGAAAAACCAUUCAGUUGCGAAUUAUGCGACUUUAAAUCUGCUUCUUCAAGCCAUUUAAAUAAUCAUAUCAAAACACAUUCAGGUGAAAAACCAUUUACUUGUAACUUCUGUGACUACAAAAGUGCUAAUUCUGGCCAUUUGAAGAGACACAUCAGUACACACACUGGAGAAAAGCCUUUUUGUUGUGAGAUGUGUGACUAUAAAUGCAGUCAGAAAUAUAGCUUGAAAUUACAUCUCAGAACUCAUACAGGUGAAAAACUAUUCAGUUGCGAAUUUUGUGACUUCAAAUUUGCCAAAGCCACCCAUUUGAAAGUACAUCUCAGAACACAUACAGGUGAAAAACCAUUCAGUUGUAACUUUUGUAACUACAAAAGUGCUACUUCAGGAAACUUGAAAAAACAUAUUAGAACACAUACAGGUGAAAAACCAUUCAGUUGUGAAUUAUGUGACCAUAAAUGCAGUCAGAAAUCUAACUUGAAAUUACAUCUAAGAACACAUACAGGUGAAUAACCAUUCAGUUACAAAUGUUAUGGCUUUGAAUGUGCCGAAUCAAGCCAUUUGAAAGUACAUCUCAGAACACAUACAUUUCUAAAACCAUUUAGUUGUAAUUUUUGUGACUACAAAAAUGUGCUAAUUCAGAUGAUUUGAAGAGGUACAUCAGAUCAAGUACAGUUCAAAAUUCUUUUAGUUGCAAAUUCUGUUACCAUAAAUGUUCUUGUUUAAAUUAUUUGUAGAAACACUUUGUAGGCCUAAUAACAAUAAUUUUUGGGUAUUUACCAAAAACUUAUAUUGAAAGAAAUUGUUAGGUCUCAGCACAAGAAGCUGGAAAAUGUUAUCACCAGUUACGGUAU